AUGGCAACUGAAGAUAUUAAACAUUUGGCAAGAUCACUCUAUGAAGUAGGUACUCAACUCAGUGAUCAAUUACGAUCUAAGGAUGAUGUCAUAAACAUGCUAAAAAGGGUGGAAGACUGUUUGAUCCUUGUUGAGCAGUCACCUUGUGAUAUGUUCCAGUUAGCUAUGUCUCCUAUAAUGACUACUUUGAAACAACACUGGUGGUUAAGGCAUCCAGAUGAUGAGAUUAAGUUGGCAGUUGCUUCAUGCUUAUCUGAGAUCAUGAGGAUUAUAACACCCCAAGAACCUUAUGGUGAUGAUACAAUGAAAGAGGUUUUACAACUAGUUGUGGAGAGUCUACAUGGGUUGUAUAAUGUCAAAGACCCUACUUUUGGUAAGAGGGCUAAAAUUUUAGAGAUUAUUGCAAGGACAAGAUCAUUUGUCCUUAUGUUGGAUCUCCAAUGUAAUGAGUUGACUCUUCAGAUGUUCAAUUGUUUUAUUGCUGAAAUCAAGAAACGCCAUUCAGAUAAGGUGAAGACAAAUAUGUUCGACAUAUUGUCCAUGAUCCUAGAUGAGGAUGAUGAUAUCUAUAGGAAGUUGAAAUCAGAUUUGUUAGCUAUUUGGAGAGAGGAGCUGGUAGUCUCACCUUGUGCUUAUAAGUUCUCCAAAAGGUUGAUUGAGCAGAAAAUUGAAAGGUUCAGGGAACAGAUGACUGAAAAGGAACUAAUCUCCAUGGGUUUACAGGUUUCGGGAUCUCCAAAAAAAAGGAGGAACCAAAUGAGAAGAGAGCAGAUUUGUUUCACAUGUCAAGAGGCUUGGACACCAAAACAUAACUGUGGAGUUAAUAAGGAGAAAAAUCUAUCGCAGCCAAGUAGAGAUGAGGACCAAGUUAUAGAUGAUAGUGCCUUAAUUCAUGAAGAACAAGCUGAAACAAAUCCGCCUGAUAGUUCCCAAGCAAUGGAGAACGAUAUUAUGGAGAAAGGAUCAAUUGCUACAAGUGAGAGCUGUUCUGUUACCAGAGGGGUGGAGGAGGUGCCAAGUUCCUUACUUGCAGCUGAACUUUCUCCCAUUUCACUGAACAAUUGUCUGGCGCCUUCGUGUGAUGGUUUCUCUUCAGUCCUUCGAGCUCGCGUGUCUCCUCUGCCUUUUGCUCUCCUUCAACGGUAG